AUGACGUACUCAUUCAUCUGCGAUUGCAAACUAGAAGAACGUGAAUUUCAGGGAUUUGGCACAAAUGAACGAGUAUUGAUUGAAAUUUUAUCGUCUCGAACAAAUGAAGAAAUUCAGGCAAUACGGAAUACUUACUAUACAACUUUUGACCGAUCGCUGGAAGAAGCGAUCUCUGGCGAUACUUCUGGAGAUUUUCGUCGACUACUGAUGAUACUUAUACAGGGCAAUCGUGACGAGAGCAGCAUCGGUGAAUAUCACAAGGCUGUACAGGUUGGCUAAUA